CAACACUUGUAAGAAAACCGAAAGCAACUCAACACUAGUAGAGAAACGAAAAUUAAACAGCAAAAGUCGAGCGUGCGGCAGACGCCACAAAGUAAUCCGAGUAACUCAACUAAACUAGUGCUAAACUAACCAAGUGAGCGCGCACUCAAUAAAAGCAAACGGUAUGCAAUAAUUCGGGCGUUUAAUUCAGCAAGCGGAGGUGCAAAGGCAAAUCAAAGCUCCGAGGCGUUGGCCAAAAAGAAGAAAAGCAAAAAGAAACGAACGAAACGCAGUGGAAAAGAGAGACGCGAAAGAAGAGAAAAAAAUGCAUACAGCAGGAGUGGUGGCGAUUUUUUAAUCAACGCAGUCGAAAACAAAGUGUUAUUGUGGUGUUAAAACCAGGACUUGAAAGUUUGGAAGAAAAGGAUAUUAAAAAUUUCUGUAGAGUGAGCAAACUAACAUUCCAGUUUAGUGAACAUGUUUGUGGCCAGCAUAAAACCAUAAAAUCUGCCCGAGCACAUUUCCCCCGCUCGUGAAAAACUCGCAUACAUACACAGGCACGCACGUACACACGCAUACACGCGUUAAGGAAAUCGCGUGAAAAACCAUGUCCAGCUGGGCAGAACGCGUCCACAGGCGUGCCGCCGAUUUGGGCAACGUGGUGACCUCCUGCGGCCACCCCGCCACAGCCCCCGCCUAUCCGUACCGCCUGGAAAAGGUGAAGUUCGGUGUGCCCCUGGAAGAGGUCUGCAAGCACAACAACAACAUUCCCGGGCCGCUGCUCGUCCUGAUCCUCAAGCUAAACAAGGAGUCGCCGAACCGCCGGGAUGUAUUCCGCGCACCCGGACACCAGGGCGCCAUGAAGAAGCUCAUCCACUUCCUGCAGGCCGGCCGACUGGUCAACGUCGACAACUACUCGGUGUUCACCAUCGCCAGUGUCUUGAAGAAGUUCCUGCGCAAGAUACCCAACGGAAUAUUCGGGCGCAGCGGCGAAAUGGAGCUAUUCGCCAUCAACGAUCUGCAAAACGAAUCCGAGCAAACGGAGCGACUGCACAGACUCUUCGGUUCGCUGCCGAAAUACACACAGCAUCUUUUAGUUUUACUGUUCGGCACAUUCCGGGUCAUCGCGAGCAAUGCGGCCCACGCCUCCACCGGAAUGACCAGCGAGGCGCUGGGCGUGUCCGUGGCCCCCAGUUUCUUUCAAUCCUGCGUCAGCGAUGGCAAGACCGCUCGCAUGGAGGAUGUGCUCAAGUUCAAGGUCUCCACCAAGAUCAUGCAGAAUAUAAUUGAUAAGUUUGCCACACACGACAUUUUUGGGCGGGACAAUUACGAGUACUACGCCCGCGUCACCGGACGCAUUCUCAAGGUGCAGGACGAGUGGAUAUGCAGUUUCCAAUAUCCACCACCGCCACGUGGCAAGUUGGCUCAACAGAAAUACGCAUUGCAACAUUCUUUGGAGGCGGAGAAGACCUGGCUGCAAUGCCAAUGCGAGCGUUGGGGCUUACUGGCCCAGGAGGAGUCCCGCUCGACGCCCGCCCUGCUGACCAGCUCCAGUUCGGCGCUGGAGAACAGUGUCCUCUCGCUGGGCGUCUCGCCGGAGCACUCGUUCAUCGAGAGCUGUGCCCGCCUCUCCGUUUCGCUGGAGGGACCCGGCAUCUUUGCCAUGACUUCGUCCCCGCUGCCGGCGAAGCGGAAUGGCAACGGAAACGGCAAUGCCACGGACUAUGACUACGAUGACUAUGCCGACGACGACGAGGACAACGAUGAGUUGGACGGAGUGCAUGACUUUGGUGCCGAGCUGGAGAUUAGCAGCAUAGCGCCGCCGCAGGGCAGCCGCGGCAUCUAUCGCCACAAGCAGCGCGUGCAGCAGCCAUCGCAUCACUACCAACAACAGCAGCAACAGCAGCUGCAGCAACAGCAGCAGCAGCAGGUGCAGCCGCAUCAGCGGGACUACGAGGACGACGACGACGACGAUGAGGACGAGAUGACCUACGUGAAGCGGCGCUAUCGACAAAACAAGAAGAAGCCAGCGCCGCCGAGCAGCAGUCAUCAUCAGAGGCGGCUGCGCACGGGAACCAAGAGUUUGGACGGCGGCGGCGGCGGAGAACGACAUCGUUCGGCAUCGGGAGCCGGAGGAUCCGGAUCAGGAGUAGCAGCUGGCCAAGGAGGAGUAGCAGCGGCUGGGAAUCCCACGCCACCGAAGCUCAAGCAGCGAACCUGCAGUCGCUGCAAUCGUGGAAUUCGACACAGCAGCUCUUGCAGCUCGAACUCGGCCGGAGCAACGGGCUCCGGCAAUGGAGGAGGCUCCGGAGGAUCCGGCGGAGCUGAGGGCGGCGGCGGCAUGACCAUGGAGGAGCUGCGGGCCGUCAACCGAUAUGCGGAGAGCACCAAGAGCCUCUCGUAUCUGCCACAGGUCCAUGAACGCCAAACCGCACGCAUGCGCACUCGCUCCGAAUGGUUCCUGGGACCGCGGGAUGCGGUGGUCACGCUGCAGCUGCCGGCGGACACCUGCAGCAACUGCUGCCUGGCGGCUGCCGCUGGAUAUUUGGGCGGCGGCAGCACCAGGGACAUGCGACAGGCUCAAACGGAAGGCGAACGGAAUCAGGCGGCCUUGCUCUAUCACUUUUAUCGCCGCCAACAACAGCAACAGCAGCAGCAGCAACAACAGGAGCAGCAGCACUAUGACGACAUGAUGGACACCGAGGAUAGCUAUGGACAGCAGAAGGAGCAGCAGCAGCAACACCAACAGCAGCAGGAGCAACACCAACAGCAACAGAUACAUUCCAAGGGCCUCUUGAGGCCACCGCCCAUGCAACAUCAGCAGCAACAGCAGCAGCGUCGCCUGCUGCUGGACGUCAAUUCGGUUGGCAACAUCCGUUUGAGUAACAGCGCCGAGUCCAUUCAGUACGCAGCCCGACGACCGGUGGCCAGUUUUGGGCUCAACACCGGCGGCCUUGGCGGCGGCGGCGGCGCCAUCAACAGCAGCAGCACCACCACCCACAAUCCCACCACCCGGCGGCUGCUCAUCAAUGUGCCGCGCCAGUAUCGAUCCUCGCUGCGGCGCAACAAGGAGAAGCAGAUCGGCGGCAAUAGUCAGAGCAACAGUAGCAAUAGCCUGGGCAGUGAUCAUCUGGCCGGAAAUCCUGGAGCAGCUGGCGGAGCUGGAUCCUCCGGCGGUGUUUCGGUGCUGAACAAGCCCCUGCUGAUGGUGGGCAUCCUGCCGGGUGCCGAGCAGCCGCCGUCGGUGAGGAACUCGAUCGCCGAGUGCGGCAUCUCCACGCCGGAUGCCAUGGACGUGGGUGUGGAGUGCAGCACCACGCUCAGCUUCAAGCCGCCGCGACUGUAACAAGGACACCGGCACAUCGAACCGAAUGCUGAGGACGCCCAGGACUCGUCGGCAUUGUGACAGCUAUAAUUAUGUUAGGAUCUAACCAUUUUUUAAGUGAAAACCAUUUUUUAAUACGUAUACUUCCAACACAAACAAACACACAAAAGAAAAAAAACAGGGGUUUUAUAGCGAUUUCUGAGGAUUGAAUGAAAGAAACAGCGGAAUACAAUAUUGAUGUAACCAAUUUUAUCUCUCAUUUCACGAAACUAUUUUUCCAAUCCCAAUAGAAACCCGUGAAACCCCAAAAAAGAUCAUACAUUAGGUUAUGGUAAACGAUAUAUGUAUUUAAUGUGUAUAGCAAGAAAAGGCUGAUUUUCUUUAGUUAAACAUACAAACAAACAAAACAAAAACAAAAGAGAAUACGAACGAAGGAAAGGAAAACAAUUUACAACUAAAACUAACUAUAUAAUGCAACAAAUUGCCAAAUUUUAUUCAGCAUCCAUUUCGUUGUGUGAACUAGGUUGACUUUAGUUUAUGUUUUAGCCAAGAAUCUCUCAAACUUGAACAUUGUCAAGGUAAAAAUAAACGAAAUUUUCACCUGAACGCUAACCGAAACAACGAUACAAAAAGCGGAGAACUUUCUCAGCUCUGCAGCAUCUGAACAAUCCAAGCAAUCAAUUUCGAGGCCGACUCUCUGUCUUUUUAUGAACCAACGUACAUGUUACUUCUAAUUAAAAUUAUAACUAAUCGAAUUAAUGGAGCAGGAGCUGCAAUGCAAUCUCACAGACCCAACAAAUCAACAACUACAGAAUAACAUUCAUUUUUGAUACAGACAAGUACAAAAGCAAAACUAAACAGAAACCAAUCGAGAAUAUCUAAUAUAAAGUGUACAUUAUUCUUACAAAGAAGAAAAAAACAAACAAAAACAACAAAAGUUAGCAUUUAAUAUCUAGUUAAGCGUUUUGAAAUUAUACCUACAACAACUGCGAACGGAAAUCAACUUGUAAUGCGAACGUUGUUUUCAUGAUGUUAUCGUUAAUAGUGCUAUGUGUACAUAUAUUCGUGUAUGUCUAUGUGUCCAAGAUAUAUAUAAUAUGUAUAUUUACUAAACGAUAUGCGAAAACAGCCCUUCUCGCGGGGAAUCAGAACAACCAAACAAAAGCUUGAGCAAACGAGAAAAUUCCAUUUUAUAUAGCAGCUGAUUUAGCGAGUCCUCUGUACGACUAGUUUUAGAUAGUUCCAAUCCAAGCAAAAGAUCUGCCGAAGGACCCACCCCUUGGGUGCACUUCGGAUCGAUUUUCACUGCCCCGCCACUGAAGAAAAGUUCUGUUUCCCUUCGCCCCAGACUUGGAGAUUUUUCAUCUGUAAUUGAAAAAUUCUUUGCAAUGUUGGGGUACAAUGAAAUUUCCUCGCUGUGUUUUGCCACAUUUGGUGUGUUUGUUAAAUUAAAUUUACAUAAUUAAUCUAAAUGUUAGCUAAGGAUAUGAAACAAGUGUUAAAUUUACCACUUCUUUGGCCAUUUCAUACGUAGUAUGAAACGCAUCCAUUAAAUAUUUAAAUUAAGUGCAUAAAGCUCUGAAUGUUGCCCAGAACUUAGGAAUAAAUAUCCAAGAAACACCAA